AUGGCAUCCCACAAAAUCACAUUAGCUUUAAUUCUAUUUCUCACUAUUUUCACAUAUUCAAAUGCAAAGCUAGGCCCUCUCAAGGAGACAGAGCUAACGGUCUACUUCCAAGAUUACUCCAGCGGCCCUAAUGCAACCGUGAUCGAGUGCCCGCCCCCAUCGAGAGGUCUAAACUUCUCCACGUUCGGAGCUAUGUUUUGCGCGGACGAUCCAAUCACCGAAGGAUUCGAGGAUAGCUCAGCCCUAAUUGCAAGAGGCCGAGGACUGAAUGUGAUCUCAUCACUGGAUGAUGGGUCCUCUGCCCAUGUGAUGCUGUCAGUUGUUUUUAUUGGUGGCAAGUAUAAUGGUAGCUCAAUAGAGAUAUAUGGUAAUGACCCGCGGACCGGGUAUAGGGAGGUGCCAGUGGUGGGCGGCACGGGGAAAUUCCGCCUAGCGCGUGGCUACGCUACUUUUGAGACUCUUAACUUUGAUCCGGUCCGCAGUCAUGCAACCAUCCGAUCUAAUUUAACUGUACUACAUUACUAG